AUGUCCGGGCAGCCGCCGCCGCCGCCGCAGCAGCAACAGCAACAGCAGCAGCUGCCGCCGCCCCCGCCAGCGGCCGUGGCCCCGGUCUCCGGAGUCGUCCUGCCCGCGCCCUCGGCCGUCAGCGCCGGCUCCUCGCCCGCCGGCUCCCCCGGUGGCGGCGCGGGGGGCGGCGGCGGCGGCGGCUUGGGGGCCGCAGCGGCCGCCCUGCUCCUGCACCCGCCGCCGCCACCACCGCCGCCCCCGGCCACCGCGGCCCCGCCACCCCCGCCGCCCCCGCCGCCCGCCUCGGCCUCGGCCUCCAGCGCGCCGCCAGGGCUCGCCGCGGGCCCGGGCCCGGCCGGGGGCGCCCCAGCCCCGGGCCCGGGCCUGGCGGGCAGCAGCGCCGCGGCGCCCUUCCCGCACGGGGACUCGGCCCUGAACGAGCAGGAGAAGGAGCUGCAGCGGCGGCUCAAGCGCCUCUACCCGGCCGUGGACGAGCAGGAGAGCCCGCUGCCGCGGUCCUGGAGCCCCAAGGACAAGUUCAGCUACAUCGGCCUGUCGCAGAACAACCUGCGGGUGCACUACAAAGGUCAUGGCAAAACUCCAAAAGAUGCAGCAUCAGUUCGUGCCACACAUCCAAUACCAGCAGCCUGUGGGAUUUAUUAUUUCGAAGUAAAAAUUGUCAGCAAGGGAAGAGAUGGUUACAUGGGAAUUGGUCUAUCUGCUCAAGGUGUGAACAUGAAUAGACUACCAGGCUGGGAUAAACAUUCAUAUGGUUAUCAUGGGGAUGAUGGACAUUCAUUUUGUUCUUCUGGUACGGGACAACCUUAUGGACCAACUUUUACGACCGGUGAUGUCAUUGGCUGUUGUGUUAACCUUAUCAACAAUACCUGCUUCUACACCAAGAAUGGACAUAGUUUAGGUAUUGCUUUCACUGACCUACCGCCAAAUUUAUAUCCAACUGUUGGGCUCCAGACACCAGGAGAGGUCGUUGAUGCCAAUUUUGGGCAACAUCCUUUUGUGUUUGAUAUAGAAGACUACAUGCGGGAGUGGAGAACCAAAAUACAGGCACAGAUAGACCGGUUUCCUAUUGGAGAUCGAGAAGGAGAAUGGCAGACCAUGAUACAAAAAAUGGUUUCAUCUUAUUUAGUUCACCAUGGGUACUGUGCCACAGCAGAGGCCUUUGCCAGAUCUACAGACCAGACCGUUCUAGAAGAAUUAGCUUCCAUUAAGAAUAGACAAAGAAUUCAGAAAUUGGUGUUAGCAGGAAGAAUGGGAGAAGCUAUUGAAACAACACAACAGUUAUACCCAAGUUUACUUGAAAGAAAUCCUAAUCUUCUUUUCACAUUGAAAGUGCGUCAGUUUAUAGAAAUGGUGAAUGGUACAGAUAGUGAAGUACGGUGUUUGGGAGGCCGGAGUCCAAAAUCUCAAGACAGUUAUCCUGUUAGCCCUCGACCUUUUAGUAGUCCAAGUAUGAGCCCCAGCCAUGGAAUGAAUAUCCACAAUUUAGCAUCAGGCAAAGGAAGUGCUGCACAUUUUUCUGGUUUUGAAAAUUGUAGUAAUGGUGUAAUAUCAAAUAAAGUACAUCAAUCAUAUUGCCAUAGUAAACACCAGUCAACUAAUUUGAAUGUACCAGAACUGAACAGUAUAAACAUGUCAAGAUCACAGCAAGUUAAUAACUUCACCAGUAAUGAUGUAGACAUGGAAACAGAUCACUACUCCAAUGGAGUUGGAGAAACUUCAUCCAAUGGUUUCCUAAAUGGUAGCUCUAAACAUGACCACGAAAUGGAAGAUUGUGACACCGAAAUGGAAGUUGAUUCAAGUCAGUUAAGACGCCAGUUGUGUGGAGGAAGUCAAGCCGCUAUAGAAAGAAUGAUUCACUUUGGAAGAGAGCUACAAGCAAUGAGUGAACAGCUGAGGAGAGAAUGUGGCAAGAACACAGCAAAUAAAAAAAUGCUGAAGGAUGCAUUCAGCUUACUAGCUUAUUCAGAUCCUUGGAACAGCCCUGUUGGAAAUCAGCUGGACCCAAUUCAGAGAGAACCUGUAUGCUCAGCUCUUAACAGUGCAAUAUUAGAAACCCACAAUCUGCCAAAGCAACCUCCACUCGCACUAGCAAUGGGACAGGCCACACAAUGUUUGGGACUGAUGGCUCGGUCAGGAAUUGGAUCCUGUGCAUUUGCCACAGUGGAAGACUACCUACAUUAG